GUCCGUGGGGGUGCCCGGGAAGAUGGCGGCCGCCGGCGGGGGCCGCGCCUGGGCCGGCCGCGCUCUCUGCCUCCUGCUGCUCUGCGGAUGGGCCCUGGCCGCCCGCGGGGAGCACCGCUCCGGGGAGCAGCACCGCUCCGGCUCUGAGAUGCUUCCGAAAAAUAUUUCCUCUACAAGUGAGAAUGAAACACUAAACACAUCAGAAAAUUUGACAGACAGCUUGCAGAGUAUCACCCCCAUGGAAAAGGAGGCAAGUCCAAGGGAAGAGCCACUGCCAACAACAGCUAGAAUCAAAUUGAUGACCACAGCGAAAGGUGAUUCUCCACCAGGUGUUCCCUCUCAUGCAGUGACUGCUAGUCCUGUUUCUCAAAUGGAUGUUGAUGCUUCUGAAGAUACUAAAAUCGAGGAAGAAGAUCUUCUAACAGAUUUGAAGGACACUCUGAAUAGUUCACCAUCCAUCAUAAAAGAAACUAUGGAGUCAGAUGGAGGAGAUGACUAUGGUGGUUAUGAAAUGACAUCAAAUUCCAGAUACAAUCCCGACCUUCUAGGCAUGUCAGAAGAUGAUGGUUCUGACACCAUUAGUAAUUACAAUGAGGAGAUCAAGACCCUUGAUGAGAAGAUAAAAGAUGUUUCUGUCACAGGGUUGGAAGAAGAAGAAGAAGACAGCCAUUUCUUUUUUCAUCUGGUGAUAGUUGCCUUCUUAGUAGCUGUUGUUUAUGUCACCUACCACAACAAGAGGAAGAUCUUCUUACUGGUCCAGAGCCGAAGAUGGAGGGAUGGCCUGUGCUCUAGGACAGUGGAAUACCAUCGUUUAGAUCAAAAUGUGAAUGAAGCAAUGCCUUCCCUGAAAAUAACCAACGACUACGUGUUUUGAGAGCACUGUGAUCUGAGUUUGCUGAACUUAGCACUCUUUGCCUGCCUAGUCAUGUGAUGAUAUUCAGGUAUUCUACAGAUGCUGCUUGUGCCGAAAUGAGAUGUUCUCUCUUUGACCUGGAUGUUUCUGAGAUUCAGUCUCAUGCAAGAUCAAGGGCAUGAUACAUCUGUUUGCUACUUUGGUCAGGUUUUAUAUCAACUAUAAAGAUACAGAGUAUAAUAAUUAGUGCUCUUUCCAUUCAUUAAGCAUCAUCCCUCCUGUCUGGAGCAGUCUUAAUAGCAGUAAUACAAAAAAUAAGCAUAAAAUAUUUUAGGUGUAAUAAAAUAAUGACUUCGGCAUCACUAAAUCAAAUUAACAAUCUCUUUGCUAAUCACUUAUAUGGCUCAUAAAUCUCACUAUAUUGCAACCUGAAAAUAGAAAUACACUUUUCUGUGCUUAAAUCCUGAUGCUGCAAAUCUUUCAGCUUGUUUUUUUUUUCCUUUCUGUUUCCUUGUUCCCUAACUCGGUCCUGUUCUAGGCAAAAUAGCUAGCAUGGCAAGUUCAUAGUUUCAGGAUGUGUUCAUGCCAUAAAUAAUUUAAAAGUAAUUGGGUAGAAACUUUUUUAUAUCAGAAGUUGCCUACCAUAUAUUUAUUUAAAAUGUUCAAGACCUUUGUGAAGGUGUGCCCCUUCUUGGCUGUUCAGUUCUUUUCUCUGAUGGUGUUUAUUUCAUUAUCUUUGUAAUUAAUGAAUGGAAAAGAAGCCUUGCUGAAUAAUCUUAGUAAAAUAUAGAUAGUUGUCAGAAUUUCAAUACAUUGAAGCUUUCUGUUUUUAAAACAGUUGACAAACAGUUAUGUGGGUUGCUCUGUUAUAGAUGGGAGAGGCCUGAGAACAUAAGAAUAAUUUAUUCUGUUGUUACUCCGACCCAGGUAACAGGCAGAUGGGAAAAAUGGUGUGUGGGGCUGCCAGUCUGUGGGCAGCUCCCUCUGAUUUUUGACAAACAUUUAUGCAUUAGUGUAAAUCAAGUUACUGGUACAGUAGUUUUUUUUGUUUGUUUGUUUUUUUACCUUUUGUACUUUCAUUAUUUAUGUUUUCUUGAGUUGUAAAAUAUAAAAAUCUUAGUUUUCUGUACGUUCUCUUUGUGAUUUUGUUUUCAAACUGAUAAAUAUGUAAAUAACAGUGGAUCCGAACCCCGUAAUUAACAACUUGGCAUUCAAGUACUUAUGUAACAUUUUGAAAAAAUCAACUUUCCAACUGUUGGCAUGAGGAGUCCAAAGGCAUGAUAGUAUCUUACAAAUGAAGUGCUAAAAGUUCUAAAUCCUACUGUUAAAUGCAUUCUUUUCAUAACCCCAAGAAGUAAAGCACAAACAAACUCUCCCCAAACUCUUUUCUUGCAGUAAUUUUUAUUGUAUUUGGACUUGUAUCACUUAAUAUUUUGAAUAAGGUUUUUAAAAUAAAUGACAAUUAUAAGCUUG